UUUUUUUUACUUUUUUUUUUUUGUUUUUUUAUUUGGAAAUGUCGAGUGAAGAAGAAUCAGAAUAUGUAAAGCUUAUUAGUGGUGAUGGCUUUGAAUUCAUUAUUCAUCGCGAAGCUGCUAUACGUUCUGGCACUAUCAAAAAUAUGCUUUGUGGUCCAGUCCAAUUUAGAGAAUCAGUCGAUAAUGAAAUUACUUUUCGAGACAUAAAGGCUGUUAUAUUGGAUAUCGUUUGUCAAUAUCUUUAUUAUAAAUGGAAUUAUGAAGGUUCAACUACGGAAAUUCCUGAAUUUAAAGUUGAUCCAGAACUUGUAUUAGAAACUCUCAUGACAGCUGAUUUCCUUGAAUGUUAGCAGUUUAUUGAAAUAGAUGUGACAAAAAAAAAAGGAGGAAUGAAAGAAUUAUUUUAUUUCAAAAAUCAAUAAAUAAUGUAGUGACAAAUUACACAUUGUAGCGAACUUUAAUCAUUCAUUUCAAUUGUCAUUUUCAACAGCCUUUUUUUUUUUU